AUGCUUGAAUUCACGGUUGAAUUCGAAAAACUCAUCUGGAAUUACAUUUUGAGGUGGGGAAAUCAAUGAAAAAGAAGGACAGUUUUCAUUCUAGGAAGACUGGAUCCUUGGAUAUUGAGAUUGCGCAAGGCAAAAGAAAAUCUCGCCUUCCUAUUGACAAAGGUUUUUUCGAAGGAUUCCCAGUUAAAAAUUCCGGCGACUUAUCUCUAAUUUUCGAACAGUUCGUUUUUUUUUUUAAAUUUUGUAUAUGAAUCAAAUUCUUCAGCUUUCAAAGGUCGUUACGACACCGACUUUUUUCUUCGGGUCUUGAAGCGAGAAAUAUAUUGCGAGGCUACAUUGAACUGCAGAUCCCAAUAUCAGUCCAUGGCGAACAAUGGUAUUUUCUUUCUUUGGUGAGAAAUAAUCGCUUUUUCAGGCUCAAAAAACAGUUCAAAGUACAACUAAGGAUCAGUCCUGACCGACGAGUGAUGAGCUACAUCUAUAUCGGUAAGUUCAUGUAAAAAAAAAUGUUAUUCAUCAAAUAUUCUCAGGUACGAGGCGCCACGCCAACCACAAGGACGCUAAGGUCGAAACAAGUAGGAAUAAUUUGAAAAUUAAUGAAAAAAAAAGGAUUUAAGGUCCAGUUUCUGACGUCGGCAUCUUUUCAAGUGAAGAUAAUGAUGACGACAAUGAGCAGGUCGAAAUUCGAGAAGAGUAACUUCAAAGAUUUCAUAAUUGUAGGUCCGCACACCGAAAAACUCCAGCCGUUCUGAUAAGUCCUGGAAUUUAACGAAAAACAGGGCGAAAUAUUCUGUUAAGGAAGAUGAGAGAAUUUGGAAAUAUUUGUUGAGGUUCUAAAAGGGGCUCAAGAAACCUUGGCCUCUUUUUAAUUUUUUGUUCGAAAAAUGCUUCUUACACGGGGAGUGCAAAAGGUGGUGGGUUGAAAAUUUGAUGAAACUUGGUAUAUAGGUACUUUAGGACACCCUGAUUUCAAUAAAGUUGAAAAAAAGUGCGCCUUUUUGGUUAUAGUCGAGUUAUGGCAUCUCGAAGUUUGCACGCGAAAAAUGCAUUGAAUGGAAGGAGGGAAUAUGUCGCGGCGGCUAACUUCCACAACCAGGGGGGAGCGUGGUGUAGUGGCUAGCGGCCUUGCGCUGUGAAACCUAUGAUACAGGUUCGGUCCUUUUUUGGGGAAAAUUUAUUUUUGCCAAUUUUUUUCUUCAAAAAAAUUAAUAAGUUCUCAAGAUGGAGUGAAAAAACAGCUCAAAAUGUUGAAAGUCACCAUUGUAUGACCUUCUGAGAAAGAAUUUUGACAAAAAUUUUUUUGCUAUAAAUUUUCCUUUUCCAACCAUAGGGCGUAUGGUCGACCCCUUUCUUUAAAAAAAUUUCUGAUAAAAAAAAUCAAAAUUUUAUGAGAUUCAUUCUUUUUUCUUCUUCUUUUAAGAUUUUAUGUGUUGAAAACUGUGCAUCAAAGUCCUUUUUUUGAUGAAUAAGAAUAGAAGCAUAGAACUACAAUAAGUUGUUAUUUAUAUCACAAACCUAUGAACUCUUGAAAGAAUAUUCUCGACGCCAAAAUUUCCUGCAGAGAGCAUAACAAAGAAAGAAAAAAACUUUUUUUGUCGAAAGUCUUUCUCAAAACGACAUAAAAUAGUGAGUUUCAACAUUUUGAACGGUAUUUUUCGUUCCAUCUUCAAAACUUCAUCAAUUUUUUCGAAAAACUUCAUGACAAAAAAAAAUUUUCACCAAAAAGGGAUCGAACCUGCAUCAUAGGUUCCACAGCGCAGGACGCUAGCCACUACACCACGCUGCCUGCUGACAACGAUAGUUAUAGUCUGUUCAGAUUUUGAAUGUCAAGUCGUCGCUCAAGCUCCGCCCAUAAUGGUGCGAUAAACCAAUCAGAGAGCGAGCCAUCCACAUAGUGUUUGUCAAUGACGUCAUUGCACUUGACAUUAAAAAUCUGAACAGACUAUAGCCGCCGAGAGAUAUUCCCCCGUUCCAUUCAAUGCAUUUUUCGCAUGCAAAUUUCGAGAUGCCAUAACUCGACUAUAACCAAAAAGGCGCACUUUUUUUCAACUAUUGGAAUCAGGAUGUCCUAAAGUACCUAUAUACUAGAGUUCUCAAAAUGACCAAUUGAAAAAAAUGACAUUUUUCAAAAACGAAAAAUUUUCUUUUUGACAUUUCAAACGAAUGUCGUUUUUGAAAGAUCAACCAAAAAUUGAUCACUUUCGUUCUUUUUCAUUUUGUGACUUUUUCAAAUAAUGACUGAAAAAAAUAAAUGGUCAUUUUCUAAACAAUCAUAUUCUGACUAGUAAAUAAAUGUUCGUCCUAAUGACCAAAUUUUUUUCAAAGUGAAAAAGUAAAUGAUCACUUUUUUUGACCAAAAAUUCUCAAAAAGUGAAAUUUAAAUGUUUACUUUUUUUGACCAAAAAUUCUCAAAAAGUGAAAUUUAAAUGUUUACUUUUUUUUGACCAAAAAUUUCCAAAAUGAACUUUAAAUGUUCAUUUUUUUGAACAAAAAUUUUUCAAAAUGAAUUUUAAAUGUUUACUUUUUUUGACCAAAAUUUUCAAGAGAGAAAUUUAAAUGUUCAUUUUUUUGACCAAAAAUUUUUCAAAACGAUUUUUAAAUGUUUACUUUUUUUCUUAGAAAAAAAUUUUUUUCAACUGUGAAAAAUUAAAUGUUCAUUUUUUUGGCCGAUAAUUUUCCGAACCUGGAUUUUCCGAACCAAAAUCCAAAUCAAUACUUUUUCUUUUUCCUCAUUCAAUUAAUCCAGAUAGCACCUUUCUUUCGUUCUGCUCAUUUUUGACCGGUUCUAUAUAAUUUUUCUCGGCCUUAACCGGCUUUUAGCUUUGCCCUUGACCAUCCAGAUCACUGUUUUCCAACAGAUUUAUUAAUUUAUAACCAGAAAUUAGUUUGAAUUUCGAAGUAAUCGAUUCAAGAUUUCAUUUGGAGAGACUGAGAUAGAAUUGACUCUGGCACAGAUACUGCCAAGUGCCGUAAUAGUAAUGAAUUAAUUAAUGAAUAAAUGUUUACCUUUUUAAACAAAAUUUUCAAAGUGAAAUUUGAUUGGUCACUAUUUUGACCAAAAAUUUCUAAAAAUGAAUUUUUAAAUGUUCAUUUUUUUGACCAAAAAUUUUUCAAAGUGAACUUUAAAUGUUUACUUUUUCUGACCAAAAAUUUUCAAAAGUGAAAUUUAAAUGUUCACUUUUUUUGACCAAAAAUUUCUAAAAUGAAUUUUAAAUGUUUAUUUUUUUGACCAAAAAAACUUCAAAAAUGAAAUUUAAAUGUUCAUUUUUUUAACCAAAUUUUUUUCGAAAAAAAUAAGUAAUUGUUCAUUUUUUUAAACGCUCAGUUAUGAAAUUUAACCAAAAAUGAAGUUUUUUUAACAAACGGUUCAUGUGAAAUUUAACUAAUUGGUCGAAUUCAUCAAACGUUCGGAAAAAUGUUUGGUUGAACGUUCGUUCAAACAUUUACUUUUGAGAACUCUACUAUAUACCAAGUUUCAUCAAAUUCUCAACCCACCACCUUUUGUACUCCCCGUGUUAGGAGGUAAAACGAAAUACAGAAUUUCAUGUGAAGUUCCAAAAAAAGGAAAGUUUUUUAGGGCUUCCAAGCAUUUUCAAGCUUAUGAGUUUCCUAGAAGGCGUCAAGAAUGAAUCGAUGAAUCACUUAAUUGAAUUUCUUAAGAUUUCGAAAUACCUUUCAACACUUCUUGAAGUUUCAGUUUUGAACUAAGCGCAACAUUUUUUUGUUACCCGAACUUAUUUUUCCACUUUAAAUAUUUUAUUCGGAUGAAACAAAUUCAUCGUACUGAAAGGGAAUAAUUCUAUAUUUAAUUGAAGGAAGGUCGAAGCGAACCCGUCGUUGAGAAACCAAAUCAGAGGGACCAAAAUCUGGGAGGACUACGUAAAAGAGAGCGGAUCCAGGCGAACACCGGCGCUUCUUUCCCAACAGUUCGUUACUAGAGUUCUCAAAAGUAAAUGUUUGAACGAAAGUUCAACCAAACAUUUUCCGAACGUUGAAGCCGACCAAUUAGUUAAAUUUCACAUGAACCGUUUGUUAAAAACUUUAUUUGGUUAAAUUUCAUAACUGAGCAUUUAAAAAAAUGAACAAUUACUUAUUUUUUUUCGAAAAAAAUUUUUGGUUAAAAAUAAUGAACAUUUAAAUUUCACUUUGAAAUUUUUUUGGUCAAAAAAAGGGACAAUUCAAGUUUCACUUUGAAAAAUUUUUUUCAAAAAAAGGUAAAAAAAUUUAUUCAUUACUAUUACGGCACUUGGCAGUAUCUGUGCCGGAGUCAAUUCUAUCUCACUAGGGAACGUUUUUUACUCCGCGGUUGAACUUUUGCUGAAACAUUGCUGAAGUGUACUUUAGGACCCCCUGAUUCCGAAAUAGCGCUUUUUUGGCCUAAUUUGCGUAUUUUGCGGACUUUGUAGCUCCAUAACUCGAAAACGAGAACUAUUGCGAGACAUUUUCUUUCUGUUCUGGAAUCAGGGGGUCCUAAAGUACACUUCAGCACAGUUUCAGCAAAAGUUCAACCGGGGGGUAAAAAACGUCCCUGAUCAGUUUUCUCCAAAUGAAAUCAUGAAUCGAUUACUUCGAAAUUCAAACUAAUUUCUGGUUAAAAUUAAAAGAUCUGUUGGAAAACAGUGAUCUGGAUGGUCAAGGGCAAAGCUAAAAGCCGGUUAAAGAAGAGAAAAAUUAUAUGGAGCAGACCGGAAGAAAGGUGCUAUCUGGAGAUUCAAUUGAAUGAGGAAAAAGGAAAAGUAUUGAUUCGGAUUUUGGUUCGGAAAAUUAUCGGCCAAAAAAUGAACAUUUAAUUUUCAGAGUUAAAAACAAAUUUUUUUGUACAAAAAAGUAAACAUUUAAAUUCCACUUUUGAAAAUUUUGGUCAAAAAAGUAAACAUUUAAAUUUCACUUUUGAAAAUUUUGGUCAAAAAAGUAAACAUUUUAAAUUCGUUUCGAAAAUUUUGGUCAAAAAAGUAAACAUUUAAAUUUCACUUUUGAAAAUUUUGGUCAAAAAAGUAAAGAUUUAUAAUUCGUUUCGAAAAAUUUUGGUCAAAAAAAGUAAAGAUUUAUAAUUCGUUUUCGAAAAAUUUUUGGUCAAAAAAAGUGACCAUUUACUUUUUCACUUUGAAACAUUUGGUCAUAAAGACGAACAUUUAUUUACUAGUCAGAAUAUGAUUGUUUAAUAAAUGACCAUUUAUUUUUCAGUCAUUAUUUGAAAAAGUCACAAAAUGAAAAGAAUGAAAGUGAUCAAUUUUUGGUUGAUCUUUCAAAAAAACGACAUUCGUUUGAAAUGUCAAAAAAACAUUUUUCGUUUUUGAAAAAUGUCAUUCUUUUCAAUUGGUCAUUUUGAGAACUCUAUUCGUUACUAUAUAUGUAUAUAUUGUUUUCGAUUUCAAUAUUUGCUCUCCAAUUUGCCAAAACCUCAGCGCAUGUGAAAAAACUUCAAACUUUCUGAAUAUACAAUCACAAAAAAGUCCAUAAGGACCUAAAAAGAACGUAUGGAACAAAAAUCCUCACAGGCUUCUUUUUUUCUUGACCUUUUUAGGAGAAAGAAAAAUGAGGAGACGAGAAGAAAGGGAAAAAGAAGAAUCCGCGAAACUUUUGUUAACUUUAAGGAAUUUAAAAAGGAGCUUUAGAAUUUUCUUUUUGAGACCGUUUGGACGUUUUCCGUGAUUUUCAUGAAUCAAAGAAAUUUCAGAAGCGUUCACACCCAAAAAGCAAAGUUUCAUUCAGCUUCCGACGACAAAUGGUGGUGAAGUUGUGGGAACGGCCCAGUUCCAAAAACGUGCAAACGAUCGAAAAGCAGUAUCGAAUUCUGGGAAUCCCGAUGAGCACGAAUAUCAGAGAAAAGUAACAAAAAUGUUAUCCGAGUCAAAUAAUUUUUUUCGCCGUUUUACAGAAUCGGUCGAAAGUUCGAGAAUGUGAAGAUAAUUCUCGAUGAAGCGAACGAGAAGGAGCCUGACAAGCAAGAGGAUGACGGGGAGGAGCAGGACGAGGGAAUUAUUGAUAUUGGUAGAUUGAAAAAAGAAAAUCAGUGUAAAAGAAAAUGACAGUUUUUUUUUAAAUUUCAAGACAUCGCGAGCCUAAAUAAAUUUAAAAAAAAACGUAAAUUCGCGUUAAACUAAAAUAAAAAUACAGAGGUUGAGGAUUAGGAAGGCAGCUCUUGGCUUGGCGGCCAAGCCAAGCCAUUCAGCCAAGCGAUAGAAAUGAGUCAUUGACUUACUAUUGAAAAAGUCAUUUCUGCUUUUGAGCGUUUAUGGUUUGGCAGGCAGGGCGGCCAGUGGGCAGCCAUCCUAAACCUUUGUAAAAAUACAAAAGCUUUUCAGAAUCUUCGCGAAUUCAUUUCAAACCCGAAAUUUUUAUUUUUCCGCCAUUCUCAAUCAGCUCGCUGCUGUCGAAAGUAACUUCAAGGGUCGCUGAAGGACCUUAAGUGACUACUUAAUUUGAAAAAAUGUGUCUCGGGUGCCGGAAGGAUUCACGCGAAAAGUUCGGAUAGAAACAGAAAAAAAUUAGAUAUAAUGAAAUCGAUAAAUUAGAAAAAAAAAACUUCCAGAUGAGGAAGAAGAUGUCAUGUCCGAUUCGGUCUCAGACCCAUUGCCGGCGACGUUCCCGCUUUCCGGUCAAGAGAUCAAAAUUGAAGGUUUUCGACCUGCUCUUCCGAAAAAUAAAAAGUCAAAGUUUCGUUUCCAGAAACAGAAAGCGUCGUAAUGGAGUAUCUCGAGCAAAUAAAGGGAAAAGAAAUCGAUGAAGACGAAUGUUUUUAGUUAUCAAAAAAUUAGAUAUAAUUAUUUUUACUAGGCUUGGACGCCAAUGUUGAAGUUGCGCAAAUUGAUACAUCGGUUUUCAUGGAAUGCGUCCGAAAGUUGGCGGAGAAGAAGUCAGUAGACUUGCUCCAAUUUCCAAGCUUGCUUAGAAAAAUCGCCCAAGAUCAAAAGAAAAUCAUCGAGAAGGUUUGCACUUAGAAAGAGCAAAUGAAGAAAGAACUGAAGAAAAACGAGCCGUCAGAAAAAAUGGUUCAAAUAGCUAUACGUACAACUUGUGUGUUAAAAAAACCGCAAUUAGUUAAGCCAUGUUUUCUUUUUUUUUCAACCUUUUUGCAGUAUUUUGAAUAGAAAUAGUGGAGUGGAAAAAUCCAGUAAAAAAAGGAAAAGCUCCAAAAAUAAACGAAAAAAGACGAUGACAAAAUAUUUUUACACCUUGAAAGAAAAAAGAAAGGUAUUUUCAACAAAUUUUGUUUUAAAGCAACCAAUAAUUAAUUUUAUGGGGUUUCGACUAAAAAGAGCGUGUUCUAUUAGAAUUAGAUUACUAUAUGUAUGAAAAAAUUUAACGUUUAUUUUUUCAACCCAAUGAGUUCAACAAAAGGAAAAAGAAAAAAAAAGUUGCACAGCUCCCCAGACAGCGAAUUUUUCUUGAUUUCUGUAAGUUCCCUGCAAAAACAACCGUUUUUGUUCUUUUUUUAUAGGAAAGCUUCCAGAAAGGAAAAAACGACUACGGAUUGCUUGUAGCGGUUCUCGGCUUCAUCGACGACUACUUUUUGGAUGGCCAGCCGAAGUCAAAGGUUUCAAUCGCACACGUUGGCUAGAUCCCCCCACCCGAGCUUUUGGCGCGCGAAAAAAAAAAUUCAAUAAUGUACUGAAAUAGGCCGCAAUUCGCCCAUCCCGGGGUCUAGCCGACGUAGGUUUUAUCGUGACGCCCAAAAAAUUUUGAAAUUAAAAAUUUCAGGACGAGACUGUGGCUAUGAAGACAUACGCGAAAUCGGCUCAAAAAUUUUUAUGA